UUAUUUUAUCGUUUCGUUGUAGUAGUGUAGAGAUGUACGUGUUAUCAAGAUGUUCUCUUGACCGAGUCUUUAAUAUCGGCCACGACACGAAAGCAGUGCAGACAACACGCUAGUGUCCUGCUGCUGUUAUUACAACCGUUUGUUUCCAGGGGAUAAUUAUUAGGGACGGACUUGUAAACAUUUGAAGCGUGGCUCGUCACUGGUUGGAAAAUCACUAGUAGCACGUUGCUGGGCUCUGUUAGCUUUCCUCUACGUGGACGUUACCGGGGAAUGAGUCCAGGAAAUGUGAGCUGGGUGUAGCAAGGGAGCUGAAACUCAGAGACCCGCCUUGCCUGCUCCGUCAUUCACCGGUUACAGAGGGGAUAUGAAAUUACUCUUUCUAGCCUGCCUCAGCCCCAAAACGGGGAACUAUACUACAGCCGAGAGAAUAAGGUCUCACAUUGAAUCAGCAGGACACAGCUGCGAGUUAAGAGAUGUGGCAGAUUUUCACUCUCCCUCUGACUUGGCACAUCUAGUAUCCCAAAAUCCUCCGUUUGAGGGUGCGCUGGCAAUUCAUCUUUUCAAAGCUGGCAGACUCCUCCUGGACCUUCGUUUACCCUUCGGAGUCAUUUUUGGCGGAACGGACAUAAAUGAAGAUGUAAAAGAUGAGCAGAAGCGUGUGGUUAUGGAGCAGGUGCUGCGGAAAGCCAGGUUUGCUGUUGCUUUCACUGAAAAACUAAAAGAAGAGGCAGAAUUUGUUUUGGUGUCACCCGACAGUAAAAUCUAUGUCCAGCCUCAGGGCAUCCAGACAGAAGUGGCUGAACAAUUUUGUUGGACUGAAUUCUUGAGGAGCUCAGGUGUGAGGACGGAGUGCUUAGAUGAACUGCGUGUCUUCCUGUUGGUCUGUGGUCUCAGAAGAAUCAAGGACCCUCUCUAUUUGGCAGACGUUUUUUCAGAGUGGCAUUCAAAGAACCUUCACAAUAUCCUGAUCAUAAUCGGGCCAAAGGUUGACCCUGCACUCACUGCUGAAGUGGAAACAGUUGUUAAACGGGCCACCGGGGUCUUCCUGGCGCAGGAGAGGAGCCAACAGGAGCUUCAUGCCGCCAUGAAAAGGUGCUAUGCCGUAGUCAACAGUUCUGUGUCAGAGGGCAUGUCAGCAGCCAUCUUGGAGGCAAUGGACCUCAGAGUACCUGUUCUGGCGAGGAAUAUACCAGGAAACGCAGCUGUGGUGAAGCAUGGAGUCACUGGGCUGCUGUUCUCUUCUCCUCAGGAGAAAGACUAAAGGCAAUGGUGGUGAUGGCUAGCUCACUGACGUCGAAGCGCUGAAGUCAUAAAAAGGCCAUUGUCCCUUUGGGAAGUCAAGGAUGGAGCUGAGCUGAGAGGAGGAGAGGUAAUCACCAGGUCAACACACAGUUGACAGGGCGAGGAGAGAUGAAGCCUGAUUUCUCUGCUCAAGCAUGUCCUUCCAAAGGAAGCUGUAACAUUUCAAGCGUGGUCAAACACUAGUAGAAAUGGACUGAAAAUGAGCUGUGGUGUUUAGUCUGAAGUGUUGCUGCCCUUCACCAGAGGAUGGAACAUAACCAGUCAUGAACUGAAUGUGGUGUCCUGGUCUGUAUUUUCUCUUAAAAAAAUACUUCAUCUUUGAAGCAGGGGAAAUCUUUUUAACUCCUUUUUGAUAACUGAUAACUUUAAGAUUUGUGCAGCAUGUUCAUUCUUAGCUUGACACCCAUCUGUGCUAGGUUUAGUGUUCUUUAACUUAAAAAUUAAUGACAGAUAUAUUUUUAAAUGGAAGAUUGUAAUAUUGUGGUAAACGCAAACCUCUUGCAGUUCUUAAUUAAAAAAAAAAAAACUUAAAGUACAAAAUAAACAAAAAAAUACUCGAGGACAAGAAAGCAUAGAGUGACUGAAACUGUACUAGACUGGUAAGAACCAGCCCAUUAUUUCACUCUUUGCUUCAAACAGAGAGUCCGGACCCUUGACUAUAGAGAAACAAUUGCUUGCUGGCAAACAAGCAAACAUUAGUUCAUGCUGUGACCUGUUCAGUGCUACCCAUUUAACCAAUAACACACAGGUAUUUAACCAAUAGUACAUAUAUAUUAUUGGUUAUAUGGGUAACCAAUUUAACUCAGAGAAUGACCACCUGAAUCCCAUUAAACAUUUAUGUGAAGUGUGUGAGAACCAAAAAAGCUACUCAGCUUACACUGAAUAAAGAUGAUAAGCCAUUCAGGAAACAGGCUUUUCAAAAAUUAUGACAUGGUAACUAUGCUGGUUUAGUUCAUUUAUAUGCUUUAAAUAUUUUAGUGUGAGGACUUUAAGUGCAUUACGACUUCCAGAGCGACACAUUUAUGUCUCUUGGACUGCACAGUGAAGGAUCAUCAUUACAUUCAUCAAAUCAAUCCGGUGCAUGGCGUGAUUGUCCCUAAAACUUUAAUUAUAGCUGUUCAUAACUGAACCAGACAGAUGAGAAAGGCAAAUAUUUGAUGAUAUGAAGGUGUUUGAGUAAGUUUAUGCACUAACGUCUACUUCUAAAAACGCAUUGAGUGGAUAAAGAGGAGACAUUUGGUCAAAUGUGUACCUGAAAUCAGUGGCAAAUAAAAUGGCCUUGAAAUCCAGGCCUCCUGUUUAAAAUGAAGCAAUCUA